AGGCGCAGCGCGGCGCGCCAGGCGAGCGGGCGGCCCUGCGGAGCGGUGGCGGCGGCAUGGGCGCGGGCUGGGGCAGCGGGCGCCCGGCUCCCCGCCCGGCCCGGCCGGCUCCCAGCGCGCGGCCGCCGCAGCCCCCGCAGCCCGCGGGCGGGCCGUCCCCGCGCCCGGCGCAACUUGCCGCUGACCCUCUGUGAGGAGAGGCGGCGGCGCGCCGGGCUGUGCGGCAGCGGGAGGCGUGAGGGCGCGAUGCCUCCGGCCGGCGGUCCCCGCGCCCCGCCGCGCCCCGCCGCGCUGCCCCGCAGCUUGUCCCGCCUGCGCGAGUGCCCGGGCCGCUCCCGCAUCGUGCUGGCGCUCGGGGCCACGCAGAUGGCGCUCGGAUGCCUCAUCGUGGCCGUGAGCUUCGCCGCGCUGGCGCUCACCACCUCGGCCCGCGUCCGCCACUCCUGCCCCUUCUGGGCCGGCUUCUCGGUGCUGCUGUCAGGACUCAUUGGUGUCGUCUCCUGGAAGAGACCUUUCUCCCUUGUGAUAACCUUCUUCAUGCUGCUCUCAGCAGUGUGUGUGAUGCUGAAUUUGGCUGGCUCGAUCCUGUCCUGUCAGAACGCUCAGCUUGUCACCUCCCUGGAAGGCUGUCAGUUGAUUAAGUUUGACAGCGUCGAGGUCUGCGUGUGCUGUGAGAUGCAGCACCAGUCGUCAGGCUGCAGCAAUCUGGGAGAGACGCUGAAGCUGAACCCGCUGCAGGAGGACUGCAAUGCUGUGCGGCUGACCUUGAAGGACCUGCUCUUCAGUGUGUGUGCUCUCAACGUCCUCUCCACCAUCGUAUGUGCAUUGGCCACUGCCAUGUGCUGCAUGCAGAUGGUGUCCUCCGAUGUCCUGCAGAUGUUCUUUCCGCAGAGGGUGCAUUCCACCAGCCCUGCCUGCUUGACCCCCCAUGGCACCAUCCUCCACCAGACCCUGGACUUUGAUGAGUUUGUCCCACCGCUUCCCCCGCCGCCCUACUACCCCCCAGAGUACACCUGUACCCCCACGACUGAGGCCCACAGGGGCCUCCACCUGGACUUCGCCACCUCUCCAUUCAGCACUCUGUAUGAUGUGGCCAUCAACAGCCCCGGCCUGCUCUACCCCACCGAGCUCCCACCACCCUAUGAGGCUGUGGUGGGCCCCAGCCCUGCCAGCCAGCUGUCAAGCCUAGAUCAGCAGGGGACCGAACCCAGCCCCGGAGACCCAGGAGACUCUGCUGGCUUGGACACACAAGCACCAGGGGACAGCGUGAGCCUCCCCAUAUCUGAGGGCUCCUCCACUUCCGGCCCCAGCUGCCCAGCUGCCCACAGCCCUCUGGAAACCCCACCAUUCCCACUGCCCACUCAGCAGCGGGGUCCCAGGUCCCCAGAAAGCCCUAGUCAGGGCAAGUGGACACGGCAGGGUCCUGGGAAAGUGACCCGCUCAGCCAGUGACCCCACCUCGUGCUCAUCUGGUGUAGCAGAUGCGGCCUCCUGCAGCCAGGACCUUGAAGCAGGACUGUCUCGGGCUCAGGGCACCACUACCCUGUCUCGCUCUGUCACAGAGGCCUUUGCGUCACCCCGCAGGGAGCCCUCCCCCCAGAAAACUCAGCUCCCGAAGCCAGAGUCCUCGCAGCCAGUCUCUAAGGCAAGGCCACACGCGGUGGUGGACAGCCGGGCCUACUCGGACGCCAGGGUGCUGGUGGCCAAGUUAUUGGAACAUUCCAGCUGCAGUCUCCCUGCUGAAGUGCGGCAUGUGGUGGGCACCCCGGUGGAGGAGGAGCCUGUCCUCAGGCUGGACCAGGUGUGAGCUGGCCUCCGAGUCCUUGCACCCAGGAGAAGGCUGGGGGAGACCUUAGUCCGGGCUGCAUCUGGGCAUCUGUUUCCUAAGAGCCCCUGUGACCUGGCCCACUGACACAGCACGACCACACUCCUGGCUGUCGGGGACUCCGGUGACAUCCAGCAUGCGUGACCUCUCCUGACAGUGACAG